AUGGAAUACCAAUCUGGUAUGGCUGCUCAGCAACCACGAAAUAACUCCUCAUGUCGCAUUCAAAGUCAUGAUCCAGCGCAGUGUAGACAGAAGAGGAGAAAGCUCCUAAAGCAGCAUCGUCUUGUUUGGGGAGGUGCAGCUUCAGCGUAUAGUGCUAGCUUAGAGUGUGCUCAGUUCGAUGAUGAUUUCGUAGAGGCUCUUAAAGUUUCUUAUCCUGGGAGAUCAUACCAUGGACCACCUGCACAGCAGUGUUCCAACUGCCACGCCAUUUUCUGGAAUGCUGAAAGUGUUGGCAAAGAAGCACGCACCUCUUCUGGAUCACUUAUUUACAACAAGUGUUGUAAAGGAGGCAGAGUUGUUAUUCCUCCCUUCCUUCCUAGGCCUGAACCCUUAGCGUCUUUGGCAAGAUUUGAUGGAGGAUCGGUCUCUAACAAGUUUAUGAAGAAUAUAAGACGCUACAAUUGUCUUUUUGCAUUCACCUCUAUGGGAGCCAAUAUAGAUCGAACCAUGAAUGAUGGCAAGGGUCCUCCGGUUUUUAAAAUUUGUGGACAGAUUCAUCACCGCAUCGGCUCUUUGAUACCUCCAGAUGGUCGCCCUCCAAAAUUUAUUCAGCUAUAUGUGUAUGAUACAUCAGCCGAGGUUGAGAACAGAAUUGCCUCAUUAGACCAUGAAGACACAACAGCAUCAGAUCUAGAUCCUACUAUUGUACAAUCUUUGGUUAAUAUGUUGGAUGAACAUAAUUUGUUUGCAAAGCAGUUUAGAAUGGCCAGGGACAGAUUAGCAGACAAUGAGGCUGAAGAUUUUGUCAUUCGCAUUGUUGGUCCAAAAGAUGGAGAUCCGCCUCAGUACAGUUUACCAACUACAGAUCAAUUGGCCAUGCUUGUGACAGGAGAUCUAGAUCAAAUCUCUGCUUUGCAUCCUGCUUUCAUGGCGCUUCAGUAUCCUCUGCUAUUUCCGUAUGCUGAACGUGGUUGGCAGGCUGGUAUUUUAUACACUGAUGCCACUCAGUCAGCACAGAAUGCUCAUGUAAAGCUAACCAUGCAAGAUUACUACUGCUACAUGUUCCACUAUCGAAAAAAUGAGCCCAAUCCUUAUUUAUGUUAUGGGCCAUUGUCAAGUCAGGCCAAGGUUGAUGCCCGGGCCUGCGUCGAUGAAAACAGACUGAAAUAUAUAGUGGAUCAUCAGGCUUAUAUCAGGAUGGAAAGUAUUCAAGGAAUCUGUGAUGCUAUUAGCAGAGGUUCCCAAGAAGGAAGUGAGGUUGGGAAAAUGACUGUGUUACCGGCAUCAUAUACAGGCGGUAGACGUUAUAUGAUACAAAAUUAUCAUGAUGGUAUAGCUAUCUGCCGAGAAUACGGCCCCCCUGAUUUAUUCGUUACAUUUACAUGUAAUCCUAAAUGGUUAGAGAUUUCUGAGGCUAUCUUUGAGCCUAGACAGAGGCCAAGUGAUAGGAAUGAUAUAAUUGUCAGAGUGUUCAACAUCAAGUUAGAAGAACUUCUGCAUGAUAUUAGAUGUGGUACACCCUUUGGACCUUGCAACGCAGAAGUGCCUGAUCCAAGAAAUGAUCCGCUAGGCUAUGCUCUUGUUGCAGAGCACAUGAUACAUGGACCCUACGGAAGCCUCCAAAUGGAUAACAGAUGGGUUGUUCCAUAUAACAUGUUCCUCCUUACAAAAUAUCAGGCACACAUCAAUGUUGAGUGGUGCAAUAAAACUACAUUCAUCAAGUACCUCUUCAAGUAUGUAACUAAAGGAGCAGAUUGUAGCAAGGCUUAUCUACAGAGAGUUAAGAGAGGCCAGCAGGCGCCGUAUGAUGAUGAAACACAGACUAUAAAUGAGGUAAAAGAAUAUCUUGAUUGUAGAUAUAUCUGUGAGCAAGAUGCAUGUUGGAGAAUGUUUGGAUAUGAUAUUCAUAGACACUAUCCAGCAGUAGAAAGAAUGCCUAUGCAUCUUCCAAACGAGAAUUUCAUAACUUUUAGUGCUAGAGCAAAGAUGGAUAAGUUAGUAUCUACCGAGUUUUUGAAAAGAACGAUGUUAACUCAGUGGUUUGUCUGCAACGAGCUUUUUCCUGAAGCUAGAGCAUUGACCUAUCCUGAGUUUCCUUCGAAAUGGAUAUGGGAUCAAAGAGAUAGAAGGUGGACAAAGCGGAAACAGCAGCAUGGUAAGAUAGGCCGUCUUCACUAUGUACACCCAUCAGCUGGGGAUCGGUACUACCUUCGCAUGUUGCUGCUAACAGUUAAGGGUGCAACAAGCUAUGAACAUCUCAAAUUCCACAACCGAACAUAUCAUUGUACAUUCAAAGAGGCAUGCAAGUCCCACGGCCUUCUUGGUGAUGAUCAGGAGUGGUACAACGCUUUCGAUGAGGCAGCAGCUUGGGCUACUUCACCGCAGCUUCGUAGCUUAUUUGUAACAAUGAUACUGUUCUGCGAAGUUGGUGAUGAAAACACUUUCUUCGAGAAAAUUUGGCGCCAUCUAGCCGACGAUAUCAUCUACCAGUACAGAGAUAUGAUUGGUGAUCCUAAUUAUGUGUUGCUUGAUUCAGUAGCUAGGGAUUACCUUCUGGAUGAACUUUCCACUCUUUUUUCUCAUAGUGGUAGGAACAUAGCUGAUUUCAACUUACCUCCAAAGACACAUGCUGAAUAUCCUAUUCAACACAAUUGGCUUAUCGAAGAAGAGCUAUCAUAUCCUACUGAUCCAUUGAUUGACAUGAACAAUCCAACUGCUUUCCUUAAUGAAGAUCAAAGAAACGCCUUCUAUAAAAUAGUCCACAGAGUGCAACAGAACGAGCCCGGCUUUUUUUGUAUCAGGAUAUGGGGGAACUGGGGCACCAUGCUUUCAGAGCUUAUUGAACUUACAAGCCAUAUUAUUUGGGACGAAGCCCUUAUGGCUAAUAGAAAAUGUUUUGAAGCAUUAGACCGCACAUUCCGUGGCAUAGAAAAAGUAAAAAACCCUGAGGCUGCAGAUAUUCCAUUUGGUGGUAAGGUUAUCGUGCUGGGAGGGGACCUCAGGCAGAUCUUACCUGUGGUUGAAGGAGGUACCAAACAAGACGUCAUCAGUGCUGCUAUAAUCACCUCACGCUUGUGGGCUCAUGUAGAGGUGCUCAGCUUAAAUCAGAACAUGCGAUUAGUAUGUUCGCCGAAUGAUGCUUGCCAACAACAGGAGGUCACCGUGUUCAGCAGAUGGAUAUUAGAUAUUGGCGAAGGUAAGGCACCCUCCUUUGCAAAGGAUGGAAAAGAUGAACCGAGCUGGAUUACAAUACCUGAAGAAUUGCUCAUAGUGCCUGGUGAGGAUAAACUUGCAGCCAUUGUGCAAUCGGUAUAUCCUAACUUUGAAACCAGGUACAGAGACCCUCUGUACCUUUCUCAAAGGGCCAUACUAGCUCCAACAAAUGAACUCACAGAUACAAUAAAUGAGUACAUGGUUCCCUUAGUUCAUGGCAGAGAAAAGGAAUAUCUCAGUUCGGAUACUAUCGCCAAGGCCACUGCUCAACAUGAGGCAUAUGAUCUUCUAUAUCCUAUUGAUUUCCUUAACUCAAUUAGUGGUAAUAACUUCCCGCAGCAUCGAAUUGUGCUCAAACGAGGAGUUCCUAUAAUGCUGUUGCGUAAUCUCAAUCAAAGAGCAGGCCUUUGCAAUGGUACAAGGCUGACUGUAACCUCUAUAGGAGAAUGGACAAUUGAGGCAAAAAAUAUGAAUGGGCGCCAUGCAAAUCAAACAUUUACAAUUCCACGCAUAACUCUGUCUCUCAAAAGAAACAAGUGGCCAUUUGUUCUACAACGACGCCAAUAUCCUAUAAGAGUUUGCUAUGCCAUGACAAUCAAUAAAAGUCAGGGACAAACAUUAUUAACUAUUGGCAUCUACCUCCAAAAACCAGUCUUCACACAUGGUCAACUCUAUGUAGUUGUUUCGCGAGUAACAACAAAACAAGGUCUCAAAAUCUACAUAGAAGAUGAUGAUGGCAAUCCCUCCAAUGAGACAAGAAACAUUGUGUACAAAGAAGUUCUCCACCAUCUAUCUUAG